CGGCCCAGCGCGUCGUCGGUGGACGGGGCGCGGAGCGCGGCCGGUGGUUCGUGCGGCCGCUGGGCGUCCGUUCGCACGGCCGCGCGCCCUCCGCCCCGACGAGGCGUCCGCGGCCGGGCUUCCGCAGUCAUGCUGCGGUCGGCGCGCCUCGCGCGGCCCCUCUGAGUCCGGGAACGGCGGCGAGCGCGGCGGGCUCGGGUCGCCAUGCCUACCCGAGUGUGUUGCUGCUGCUCUGCUCUGCGUCCUCGAUACAAACGCCUGGUGGACAACAUAUUCCCUGAAGAUCCAAAAGAUGGCCUUGUUAAGGCUGAUAUGGAGAAACUGACAUUUUAUGCAGUGUCUGCACCAGAGAAGCUCGAUCGAAUAGGCGCCUAUCUGGCAGAAAGGCUGAGCAGGGAUGUUGUCAGGCAUCGCUCUGGGUAUGUUCUAAUUGCUAUGGAGGCGUUGGACCAGCUUCUUAUGGCCUGCCAUUCUCAAAGCAUCAAGCCAUUUGUAGAAAGCUUCCUUCAUAUGGUAGCAAAGCUCCUGGAAUCAGGGGAACCAAAGCUUCAAGUUCUUGGAACAAAUUCUUUUGUCAAAUUCGCAAACAUUGAAGAAGAUACACCAUCCUAUCACAGACGUUAUGACUUCUUUGUAUCUCGAUUCAGUGCCAUGUGUCAUUCCUGUCACAGUGACCCAGAAAUACGAACUGAGAUUCGUAUUGCUGGAAUAAGAGGAAUUCAAGGUGUGGUUCGCAAAACAGUUAAUGAUGAACUUCGGGCUACCAUUUGGGAGCCACAGCAUAUGGAUAAGAUUGUUCCCUCCCUUCUGUUUAACAUGCAGAAGAUAGAAGAAGUUGACAGUCGCCUGGGCCCGCCUUCCUCCCCUUCUGCAGCUGACAGAGAGGAGAACCCUGCAGUGCUGGCCGAGAGCUGUUUCAGAGAGCUGCUGGGCCGAGCAACUUUUGGGAACAUGAAUAAUGCUGUUAGGCCAGUUUUUGCGCAUUUAGAUCAUCACAAGCUGUGGGAUCCUAAUGAAUUUGCAGUUCAUUGCUUUAAGAUUAUAAUGUAUUCUAUUCAGGCUCAGUAUUCUCACCAUGUGAUCCAGGAGAUUCUUGGACACCUUGAUGCUAGGAAAAAGGAUUCCCCACGGGUUCGAGCAGGUAUCAUUCAGGUUCUGUUAGAGGCUGUUGCUAUUGCUGCUAAAGGUUCCAUAGGGCCAACAGUGCUGGAAGUCUUCAACACCCUGUUGAAACACCUUCGGUUCAGUGUGGAAUUGGAAGCCAACGACUCCCAGCGGGGGUCUGUGGGCAGCAUCACCUUAAGUUCCAAAGACAACGAUGAGAAGAUUGUGCAGAAUGCUAUCAUCCAGACCAUAGGGUUUUUUGGAAGUAACCUACCAGACUAUCAGCGAUCAGAGAUUAUGAUGUUCAUCAUGGGAAAAGUGCCUGUGUUUGGAACAUCCACUCAUGCUUUGGAUGUCAGCCAGCUAGGGGAUUUGGGAACCAGGAGGAUUCAGAUAAUGCUGCUGCGGUCUUUGCUUAUGGUGACUUCUGGGUACAAAGCCAAGACAAUUGUUACUGCUCUGCCCGGGUCAUUUCUUGACCCUCUGUUAUCACCAUCCCUCAUGGAAGAUUAUGAGCUGAGACAGCUAGUCUUGGAAGUAAUGCACAACCUCAUGGAUCGCCAUGACAACAGGGCAAAGCUCCGUGGCAUCAGAAUAAUACCAGACGUGGCUGACUUGAAGAUAAAAAGAGAAAAAAUUUGUAGACAAGAUACAAGCUUCAUGAAGAAGAAUGGGCAGCAACUAUAUAGGCACAUAUACCUGGGCUGCAAAGAGGAAGACAAUGUUCAGAAGAACUAUGAGCUCCUUUAUACAUCUCUGGCUCUGAUAACUAUCGAACUGGCCAAUGAAGAAGUGCUGAUUGAUCUCAUUAGAUUGGCCAUUGCCUUACAGGACAGUGCAAUUAUCAAUGAAGAUAACUUGCCAAUGUUUCAUCGCUGUGGAAUCAUGGCACUGGUCGCAGCCUAUCUCAACUUUGUGAGUCAGAUGAUAGCCGUCCCAGCGUUCUGCCAGCAUGUUAGCAAGGUUAUUGAAACUCGAACUGUGGAAGCCCCUUAUUUUCUACCAGAGCAUAUUUUCAGAGAUAAGUGCAUGCUUCCGAAGUCUUUAGAGAAACAUGACAAAAGUUUAUAUUUCCUGACCAACAAGAUUGCGGAGUGCCUCGGCGGCAGCGGGUACAGUGUGGAGAGGCUGUCAGCUCCUUAUGUGCCACAGGCGACAGAUGAAGAUCGUCUUUCUAGAAGAAAAAGUAUUGUGGAUACUGUAUCUAUUCAGGUGGACAUUUUAUCCAACAGUGUGCCUUCUGAUGAUGUGGUUAGCAACACUGAAGAGAUCACCUUUGAAGCCCUGAAGAAAGCAAUUGACACCAAUGGAAUGGAGGAGCAGGAAAAGGAAAAGAGACGUCUUGUGAUCGAGAAGUUCCAGAAAGCACCUUUUGAAGAAAUAGCUGCACAGUGUGAAUCCAAAGCAAAUUUGCUUCAUGAUAGACUUGCUCAAAUAUUGGAGCUCACCAUACGCCCUCCUCCUAGUCCAUCCGGAACACUGACCAUUACUUCUGGGCAUGCCCAGUACCAGUCUGUCCCAGUCUAUGAGAUGAAGUUUCCAGAUCUGUGUGUGUAUUGACUGGCUCAUGAAUACUAUAGCAUCUAAAAGAAACUCAAAGCCUGAAAAACAAGGCCAAGAUGAGUUUUCAGGAUUUGCAUAACGCUUCCUGAUGUGUCCUGAAACAUGAUGGGAUUUAUCUCUAACCAAACACUUGUCAUGCUGUGUUACAAGUUCACAAACUCUGGUUUAGAGUAUUUCUGAAGGUAGACUUAUGCCACGUUAAUUUGUUUUGAGGUUCCUGUUAGCUUUUAAGAUAGAACAUGUAAUGCUUUCACAUUAUGAUUGUUAAUAGUAUAUUUUAAACUUUGCACAAACAUGAUUUUAAAAAAAAGAUUGAAAAUGUAUGAAGUGUCUGUUGAUUUCUUAAGCGUCUCCACAACUGCUUAGAAAUGGAUUGCUGUUUUGUUUUCUUCAAAAGUAAAUAUAUUCCUAAUCUUAGGGUUGCAAAUUCUUUCAUGCUUUCUAAAUCCAUGCUUCAGGUGGACUGUGUAGAUGUCCCUUUAGUCCCCAGUAGUGACACAUAGCAGGCAUUCCUAUGGUAUUGACGAUAGAAAAAUCUACUGAAUAGUAUUCUCACCUAUGUUCCCAUCUGGAAACUGGCCAGGCCUUACUGGUCUUGUGAUACUGUGUUUUCUGCUUCAAGCUGAGCCCUUGAGCCCCUUAGAGCUCACUCUUGGAGCACCAAAAGGUGCAGUGUUUCCCACAUAUGAUGUGUUAGUUUACAGACUGCGCUUUGAAACUAUAGUUGUAUUUUGCUGUGACUCCAUUAAUUAAAUGAAAUAUAUAUUUACUAUAGAAAAGAAAGAAUUAAAAUAGCUACAUACAUGUUCACCUGUGCAGAGCCUAUACAUUUCAGUUUAUUUUAAAUGAAUGAAUUUUCAUUUUUAUAUUAUACAUUGUUUUUAGGUCUUCAUAGUAAGAAAUUUCCCCAGUGAAUCUUUUAAUCUGUAAGAGUUCAACCAAAACUUGUGUGCAUCUCUAUUGAAAGAUUAGUUACAUACAUUCAGGAUGGUACAUGUGUUCUUGUUAGGGUCUGUGAGUGUGGGCUGUCUUUAUUCCAGAGUUCGAGGUAGCCCGGGCAACACCGCCACUUGGUGAGAAUAAGGGUUCUAUAGUUAGAAAAUUCUCUUAGCACAGUUUGGUGAACUCACUUCAUAUAACUAUGCUUUCAAAUUUAAUUUCUUUUUACAUAAAACAGUAUUCCUAUCAAAAUUAUAGCUCAAAAAUAAUUUGUUUUGUUUUUUUUUUUUAAUGAAAAAUGGGAUGUUUUAAAUAUGUAUUUAUGGUAAUUUGGGCACCAUUCAUACAAAAAAGAAAAAACAAGAAAAGGAAAUGAACAUAGAAUAGUCAUGCCCAAAUUUUUGAAUCUAUCCAACAGAUAUUCAGUCUGUUUGCUAAAACGUCCGACAGGUCAGCCAGGCUGCUGAUCAGCGCAGACCUGCCAGAUCUUGUCCUCAGAAGGACCAUGCAGCUGCCCCUGAAAGAUCAGCGGCUGCCCCAGCUGUCACUGUGGCUUCCCCUCACGCUGGGGAACGUGUCACCAGUUAAUGUUAAACUUCAUGCAUUUUUGUUUCCCUUUUUUCUUAUGCAUUUUAAAAGAAGGCAAUUGUAUUUUGUCUACAUUUAAAAUCUAAACAGGGGGACAUGCAAAAACAAUCAUCAUCCACUUGGAUGUCAUUUUAUAAAUUAACACUGUGUGCUUUUGUAUGGAAGAUAUAUAAUUUAAUAGUAUAAGAAGAGAGAUAUAUAUAUUCACUUGCAUUCAUGAGAAACAAGCUUUGCUGUACAAAAUUUUGCUUUUCUUAGUGAUCUAAAAGGGCAUGCUUUGCAUAUAAAGGAAUACCAUUGUAACUAGUUUUCUGGUUUGGUUUGCUUUGUUUUUUUCUCAUACCUUUCUUUUGGUUAUGUCAGCUGUUGGUUUGAGUGUUGAUACUCUUAACCCACAGUACACUUCUGGGUCUAUUUGGUCCAGCAGACUGCACUGCUCUUGUUGACCCAAGGAGUGGCUGUCUCUGUCUCACUCUCCCACGUUUGUGGGCAUUGCCCUCAGGCAGGUGUGCAAGCUGUGCUAUGUAGCCAGCUCAGGGACUGACUCUUUGGGACUUGGCAUAUUUUGGCAGGUACGUGAUACUCUAAGUAAAUUGUUUCUCGUUCUACUUGGUUAUAUUCUUUCAUGUAACACUCAACAGUUCAUUUACGUGUUCCUCCUAUGCUUGGGACAUCUGCGGCUGCUCAUACAGUUUCACAGAACUUUACCUGAUCUCUCACAAUCUCUCUCAUGUUCUCUUCCCUCCCCUUUCUCCUUCCCUCCACCCUCCUUUUGAACUCACUAUCCUUUAGAGGAAUACCACCCUCAAGGAGCAGUUUAACCCACCACCCUCUCAAACAGAACUUAUUUGUCUCACUAAUGCUGGUACAUGUAUUGAUGUGAUAAAGUAAGUUUUUUAAAUGUAAACUUUCAUUGUGUGAUCAAAUGUAAGCAAUAAAACAAAAAUUGCA